AUGACAGAGAAGCUUUUAAUAAAUGCAUUUAAUUUUAAUCAAGAAGCAAACACUGAUUAGGAUAUUAAUAGUCCUACUACAUUAAAAGCAAUUAAGCUACUUGGAUAUGAAUAAGAAGACCUUAAGAAAAUCAAUAAAGAACAAAUUGAGUUAGAAACGAAGAAAAAAUUGGAGGAUAUUCCUCUUAAUAGGUUGGAUGAAUUUGUAGAAGUGAAAAUGCAACACUAUGAAAUCAGAAGACUACACAGAAUAGAAUAAGUAAGAGAGUUGAGACAAAAACUUUUGAGAGAAAAUGAAAAAAAAGACCAAAACAUUUCGUAGAUGAACAGCACUUUUUAAUCCUAUAGUUUUAGCAGAGAGGAAUACUUAGAAAAAGAAAAAAAGAAAUUAGAAAAGCUUCAAGAAAAACAAAGAAAACAGAUUGAUUUCUUAAUAAAGAAUUAGAUUUAAAUCGAAGAAAUAAGAAGAAGAAAUGAGCACAAGAAGGAGAAAAUUAGACUUUUAGGAGAAAAAAGGAUUGAAGAAUAAAGGAAAAGAUAGCUUAUAAAUGAAGAGUAAAAAAGUUUGAGGGAGCAAAAAAAUAUAGAAAUGGAAUAGCAAAGAUAAGAAGAACAGAAAAGACUGCAAUAAAAGUUUUAAGAAAAGUAAUCUUAAUUGCAAUUGAAAAUGCUCGGAAAACAAAAAGAGUUUGAAACCAAAAAGUAGAAAAAUUAAGAAGUAAGAGAGAAACUUGAAUAAAAAAUAGUUCAAAUCAGAGAAGGUCAGUAAGCCUCGAUCUAAUAAAUAUUAUAAAACUAUUAAAGGAAGGAAGUUGUAAACGAAAAUAAAAAAAAGCUAUUUCAGGAAUAAUUACAUCAAAAAUUCUAAAAAAGAAGAGCUGCUUCAGAAAGCAAAAGUUAAUAAAUUACUCAAUAAAAGUUUAUGAAAAUGCAGUAAGAAGAAGAGAAAAAGCAAGAACAGCAGUAAAUUUUCCAUGAAAAGGAAAGAAGUAUCUAGGAGAUGUAUAUGAGAGAAGAAAACCAAAGAAAGGAAAAUGCCAGACUCAGAUAAGAUAAGAUUAAUAAAGUGAAAGAAUAAUUCCAGAAAUCAUUAAUUGAUUUACAAUAAAAAAAUCAAGUUUAAGAACAAACUAUUUAUUAGCUUAUGGAGAGAGCCUAGCAAAAUAGGACCGAAAGAUACUAUGAUAAGCAACUAAAAUGCUACGAUCAUUAAAUAAGAAUUGAGGAAACUCUAAAUAAUGCUAAACGAGUAGAAAAGUAACAUGAAAUAUAGCGCUUUAAGAUACUUUAAAAGAUCUCAGAUGAUAACGAAAAACUUCUGAAAAUUUAAAAUGAAAAAAGAGAAAUGGCAAAAGUGAAAGCAAAAAUACAAGCAGAUCACGAAAAAGAAAAGCAGUAAAUUAUCAAAGAAAUGAAUACGAUUUAAAGAUAUAAUGAAUCCAUAAAGCUAGACAAAUCAGUCUACUCAUCUCAAAAUAACGAAAGUUUCAUGAUGUCAACAUUUCACGACACUAAGAAACAAAAUCUUUUUUAGAAUUAAAUUUCUACUCCUACAAGCUUUUUCAAUAAAAAAUAAAAUCCAAAAGAUGAUAAUCUGUCGUCUAAUAAUGAUCAAUAGAGUAAAUAAGAUUAAAUAAUUGGCUAGCCAAACAACAUAAAUAUAUUAGCUUUUGGCAAAAAAGAUUAAUUUAACAGGGUAAAUUCUUCUUAAGUAGACAUUAGAAAGAAAAAAAGUUAAUAACCCUCCUCUAACUUUUAAGAUUCUCAACAAAAUUAGUAAACAGAACCUUCACAAUAAACAACUGCUAAAUAGCUCAUAUAAAAACCUCGUUAUAAAUAAAACUCUGAUUUUAAUGCUUAUAACCUAACCCAAACCCCUUCUAUCCAACAAGCCAAUAUGACAACGUUUCAAGCAAAAGUAGAACAAGAAAAAAGAAUAAAAAUGAUUUCAUUCUUAAGGGAACAUGAAGAUGUGUUGAAGAUGAUUAAUAGAUCAAAAUCCGUAUCUUAUAAUCCUCAUCUCCAACAAUAUAAUCAGUCAUCUGUAAUUCGAUAGAGAUAACUAGAAUAUUCUUAAUCAGCUAGAUAUACUAAUAAUAUGUUUAAUAUUUAAUACCAAGAUAAAAAGCCAUAAAAACUUGAUUAUAAAUCAAAUAAAUUGGUAAAAAAUAUAAUAUCUUAGGAUUAUGUUAUUGACAUUCAUACUCACUAAAAAAUCAUUUGCUAAGAACUUAACAUUAUUUUACAAAAAGAACUUAUUGCAUUACAUAGCACGUAAUAAAUAAAUGAUGAAUCAAACCAACUUAUGGAUUUAGAAGAAUCUAAAUUAGAAAAAAUAUCUAAGGAGAUAUUGAGAUCAUAUUAGAAAUAAGAGUAGAAGAGCAGCAAAAUACAUUAAAUUUAUAAAUUUUUUGAAUGUAAAUGA